UUUUACUUACUUGAAAAAACAAUGUUUGUUUCGAUGCAGUAAUUGGUCACGAGGAAAUUAAUUAUAGAUGUAGUUUAAUAUGUUAACAGUAUAUUAGUUUUGUUUGGCUUUACCAACCGCACUUUUGCACAAUGCAGAUGACAGCACACAGACACCUCAACAGUUGACAGUUGCUCAUGGUUCAUUUCUCAAGCCACGGGUGCCUUAGGACUGCUAGUGUAAUUGUGUAGAAAGAUACAAAGAUGUGCCAUUGUUAAUGGAUACUCCAGACUGUGGUUCACAUAUGCUGUAAAUCACGACAGCUGUAAAUAUAUAACAUUUCUAUUAUCACCCUAGUGGUAUACCACACAGGCUACAUAUCACCCUGAUUAGGUUACAUAUCACACUUGAAACUGCUCACAACGGCCAUGGACCUUACCAAGUGUCUUCGCAUUGGGUCUUUGUUCCUGACCCUCACCCUGUGGGCCUCCUGUGACCUUGACCUCACCAAGGAACCUGGGCACCUGAAACCCUUCGGAACUGGUGGGGUCAACAGACCAGUAGAGGAAAUUGACGGGUUUCCUGACCCGGAAUAUUUCUUUGAGAAUUACGUCAAGCCAACGAAGCCCCUGAAGAUGAAGGGAGCAGCUCGUAUAUCGAAGGCGAUGGGAAAAUGGAGUGACGAGUAUUUUCUGAGUCUGGAUGAUGCCCUUGACACAGAGGUGAAGUUGGAGACGAAGAAGAAGGAGAACCGGCUCCAGGCGGUCGACAUGAUGACGUUCAAGAACUUUGUGAGGAUUUAUAACCAGACUGAACACUAUAUGGUGGAUUCUGUACCCCCAGCGCUAAGAGGUGACAUCACUAUCCCUUGUCCGCUGCAGUGCAAACAGUUGGCAGAACACAACUUCGUGGAUAAUAUAAUGUGGUUCAGCAGUGGUGGAACCAAGUCCGUGGUGCACACUGACUCUGUGGACAACAUCAACUGUCUGUACCGAGGAGAGAAAACACUCUACUUUGUAGACCCAUCUGUACAUCGACAUGAUGUGCUCAUAGACCAUCCUGAAGGUGCCUACUCAGGAAUGGACGUCGAUGCAGUGGAUUACACCAAGUACCCGGGCAUGGCCAAGGUGGAGUUCUACCAUGUGAAUGUCAGUGCAGGGGACUGCCUUUAUAUACCUUAUCUGUGGGUCCAUCAGGUACGCUCAUAUGACAGCAACCUUGCUGUAAACGUCUGGUGGCAUAGAUACGCGAAGGAUGAUCUCGACUACAGCGCCUGCAACCGCCAGUGUAACACAGAGUACACCAUGGCCCAGGCAAAGUUUAUGGGACUAGAAACAAUCCAACAUGAUCCAAAUGAAGUCAGGGAUUAUUUUAUGACAUACAUCUCUAAUGAUACAGACUUGGAAGGAUUCAUACAGAUUUUAGUUGCGGAUGAUUAUGACAAGAUUGUGAAUGACACAACAUAUGUGAGGGACUUCACAGAGAUGUUUGAGAUGCUCGACGCAGACAAAGACGGGCUGCUAAGUUUAACGGAUAUAAAGGCCUUGGAUAAUGAGGCCUGGAGAGCUAUUGGAGAUCUGCUGGAACUGGUGAUGCAGGACAUGGAAGAGGAAUUUGAGGCCAGCCACAUUGACAUUGACCCUGACCUUGAUCCUGACCAUGGGGCAGCUGGGGACUCUGAUGAGAUGGAUUUGCAUGACGAACUGUAGUUGCUUCUGAGUUGCUUUCUGUUUUUUAAUCUUGAUGUAAGUCUCGUACUGGGAAAGCCAGGCUUAAUGAUGUGCGUUAAGUGUCAUUCCAAAUUACCCUUUGCAGUCUGCACAGGCUAGUCUGGGAAAACACUUUCCGCCUGGACUGGAUGUACGUUUAUAGGUGACUUUAUUUUAACCCAAACAAUUGCAUUAUGGCAUAAGUGUUGUCCACGAUUAUCCUGUUCUAACAGCACAGGUUUAUCUGGGUAGACACUUAACCCACAUGCAUAAAGUCUAGCUUUCUAGAUUGAGGCUCAUGAUAACCUGGUGAUGGGAUUUGGUUACCUGAAACUUGUAUGUGCUAUAAGUUUAUGUUUUGAAUUUUGAACAAAGUCUUUUGUUAAAACAGGUUAUGGUCUUUUAUAUAUAUAUAUAAAUAUGUGUAAGUAUAAACGCUUUUAUAAUGUGUUGGUCAUUCUUUAUAUUUAUUUUCAAUGAUUUUUUAAGGAUGUUAAUUUGGUUUGUUUUCUUCUCAAAAUGUAGGACUGCUCAUUUGAUGUGGGUACAUAAAAAGUAAGGGGCAGGUUAAAUGUAUUGCCUGUUUGAUCUGUCAUUCUUGUUAUCUCCAAUCUUAACAACAUGUCAUGUGUCCAAAAUAAAUGAAAAACGUAUUCAUUUGCAAGCCUAACAAUGUGUCAUUUCGCCUACUUAAUGUAAUAAGUCAUGUAAGUGAUACAUUUAUGAUUUUUACUUUUUUCCAUUGUUGUGUUUAUUAAGGUGACAUACAUCAACUUGUAAAUUAUUUAGUCAACCUUUUUGGUAAAAAUAAUGUUUUUAUCAAUUUUUCGAAAUUGACAUAACAAACACAUGUCAUUUUCUGAAUAUAAAAAGCGUAACUGACAUUUUGUUAAAUUUUAAGGAGAAGCAAAAAAAUGUUUUAUUAAAAUUAUAAACAUUUUUUCGUUUUUAAAUUUUCUGAUAAGUAUUAUAAUAACACUUGAAAAACGAAACCAAACUCCAAAUUGAUAUGUCUUUUUAAAAACAAUAAAAAAAUAAGAAAGGAGCAGUUACCAUAAUUUCAACACUGAAAUAUUUUGAGGGCAAAAAAUAACGUAAGUGCUCUUACUGUAUUUUGGAAAAUGUCUGAAAAAAUGCUUUCCUGAACAAUUCACAAAAUGUCAGUUACCCUAGUUAUUACAUUCAGUAGACGAUUUGUAUUGGCACGUCCCCACAAUGAUGAGCUGUAGUAAUGGGUGGCUCUAUUUUCCAUUAAAAUGGCAAAGCCCAGAAGUUUAAUAUUCGGUGUUUAACAUUGCUUUGUGGUAUUCUACAAAGAUUUUGCAAAUUUAGCCCCUGGUGUCAAAACUUGCAACGCCCCUUGUGUCACCUGAUUGAUUUAUAUGGACAACAUUUAUUUAGAAAUAACUUUUUAAAUCUUUGAAGCUGAUAUGUCAGGGGCUUAAUAAAGGCAAAUUUAACCCCUGAGGUCACUUGAUUUAUAAAGACUUCUGUAGUAAGUAACUAAAAUAUCUCCUCUGAAAACACCAGUCCCUACGAGCUUUGAUAAUGAGUAUGAAACAUUUGAUCCUGUACAAACUAACGUCAAAACUUGCUUUGCCUUAGUGGUCAUUUCAUUGAUAUAGACUUUUGUCAUGAAUAAAUUAAACACUCUGAACCUGCAUGGGACAAGUUUGAAUAAUUGGUGUGUAUGAUCGAACAUUUAAUAAAGUUUGUUAAUGCCCCUUAAAUGGUGAAAUGGUUUUAAAUUGAAAUUUGAUUGUGUUCCUCUACAAAUAUUUGUCAGAUCCUCGAUUUGAUAUUGGACAGGUCCUUUUUGCAGGUGAGCGAUCAAGGGCCAUCUUGCUUUUGUUGUGAUUUUAACCUUAAAACACAUACUUUGAACCUGGAUUUAAUUACACAUUUGUAAACAUAUAUCAAACAGUUGUGCCUUCUUAGGUGGGUAUUCUUAAAGUUUCUUCUUUUGGGGUUUUCUCUAGUUUGACUUUGUUUUUCAAUAUUCUGUUGACUAUUGCUAUUGUGGCUUAAGCGUGAUGUUGUGUGUUUUGUUGGAAUGGUUUUGCUCCACAGCGCUCCACAGCUACUAACUGUUUUCCAUUUUGAAAUGUGAAGAUGUCAAUGUGUUGUCUUUUGAAAUUAUUAAAAACCUCAUGCUCUUAAUAUAUUUUGUAUUCAAUGUAAAUAACAAUGAUUACGUUAAAGUUUUAUUAUUAUUGAUGUAUAUAAAUAUAUGUAUAAUGUAUGUAAAUAAAUAUUGAUGUAUUAAUGUGUAUCCAUAUUAAAUAUAAUAAAUGUG